AUGGUCAUGGCUUGGAUUACCAACUCUGUUGAACCAGACAUUGCUCAGAGCAUUUUGUGGAUGGAUACUGCAUCUGAGAUUUGGACGGAGCUUCAUGAUCGAUACCACCAAGGCGACAUCUUCCGCAUAUCUGAUAUUCAAGAACAACUCUUCAAUCUCAAACAAGGCGACCUAACCAUCACUCAAUUCUUCACCAAUCUCAAAAAGCUAUGGCAGGAGCUUGACAAUUUCAGACUUAUCCCUACUUGCACUUGCGCUAUCAAAUGUUCUUGCACCCUUCUUCCCACUAUCAAAUCUUACCGUGAAACUGAUUACGUGAUUCGAUUCUUGAAGGGAUUAAACGAGCAAUAUGCUCCAGUUCGAUCCCAAAUAAUGCUUAUCAAUCCUUUACCACCUAUUAACAAAGUUUUUUCUAUGCUAAUACAACAGGAACGACAGAUGAUUGCACCUAUUGAAGAAGAUAAACUUCUUGCCAAUUUUGCCAAGACACAACACCGAUCCUCUAGCACUGAUAACAAUCCCAGAAAUUCUGCAGUUGGGCGUGGUAAAAGCCUCAAGAUGUGCACUUUUUGCAACAAAUCCGGACACACAGUUGAGGUUUGCUUCAAGAAACAUGGUCUUCCACCAUAUCUCAAGAAACCUCAGGUCAACAAUGCUUCAGCAUACACUGAGAACCCUAACAACAAUUAA